AUGAUUCGCCUGGACUCGAGCCUCUGCUACGCGUCGAACAAGGGCUCCACAAGCAAGCAUCUGAAAUGGUACUUGUCUGAGUUCUCGCUUAAUACCUCGGCUCACGGUGUACCGUUGAUUCGAAAGUCGCUUACGGCCGGAGGCAAGCUAUUUUGGUUCCUCAUCUGCCUGGCGUGCAUUGGCGCGUUUUCCUACCAGGCGUACCUCAUAGUGCAAAAGUUUUAUCGCCGAGAAAAAGUGGUCGAUAUUCAGGUAAGAAGCGUUCCGGCUAUUCUCAUGACAGCAGUGCAGCAGUACGACAAGCUAACGGGUGAUUAA